UUCCCCCUGGUUUUCAAACUAUUCAUUAAUGUUUAGGUAUUCGUUGUGGAAGUAUGACAUCAGUGCACUGUGAGAGCUGGGUGGUGAUUCACGAUUUCAACGGCGGAUUAUCAACGGCACUUCCUCGUACGCUCUGUAGAAAAUGAGUUAUGAUUAGUAGCGUUUACAUUCUUCCCACAGUGGCUGGUGUUCUUUAUUGAAUAUCGACUCCAAUUGAAACCCGGAAUGGGUGUCCAAGCAACAAGCGACUGUGUGAACGGUACUCUGCUUCUCGGCAUUUGUGCGCACAUUUAGAAGGAAUAAGGCAUUGUUAAACCCGUCGGUAGCCUAAACCAGAAUAAUCUGCACACCUGCACAAUUUUUUUCUACACAUGGACUUACUUUGGACGAUAUAUCACCUUGAUUUCAUAGAAGUAUAAUUUUUUAAAAGUGCCUCAGUGAAUCUGGUCUUUUCUUCUGAAUCGAAGUCGGAGGAGGCAGGAGGGAGAGAAAGAGAUAGAGAAGGACCAUGGCCAGGCAUAGUGGUGGUGUGGUUCUGAACAAACCCUGCUUUACGUGGCAAGUGUUGUGGGUGAUGAAAGCUCUAUUCGACCUUACAGCAUCGCAGGAAAUUUACGCACCGCAUUCCAUAAGAAUGGAGGGAGACCUGACCCUGGGUGGCCUCUUCCCUGUGCACGCCCGGGGGAUCCCGGGGGAACCGUGUGGCGACAUCAAGAAAGAGAACGGGAUCCACCGCCUCGAAGCUAUGAUGUACGCCUUGGAUCAAAUCAACAGUGAUGACGAGCUUUUGCCCAAUAUCACCCUAGGUGCCCGGGUGCUCGAUACGUGUUCUAGGGAUACCUAUGCUCUGGAGCAGUCUCUGACUUUUGUGCAGGCACUCAUCCAAAAAGACACUUCGGACGUGAGGUGUUUGAACGGUGAGCCACCAGUGUUCGUCAAGCCAGAGAAAGUUGUUGGAGUGAUUGGAGCUUCAGCGAGUUCUGUAUCAAUCAUGGUGGCGAACAUAUUACGUCUCUUUCAGAUUCCUCAGAUCAGCUAUGCCUCCACGGCCCCGGAGCUGAGCGACGACCGACGAUACGACUUCUUCUCUCGCGUGGUGCCUCCGGACUCAUUCCAAGCCCAAGCCAUGGUGGACAUAGUCAAGGCCAUGGGCUGGAACUACGUAUCUACCAUCGCGUCAGAAGGAUCCUAUGGAGAGAAGGGAGUGGAUGCCUUUCAUCAGCUGUCCAGAGAAUCAGGUGGGAUCUGCAUCGCUCAGUCCUUAAAGAUCCCUCACAAUCACAAGCAGGAGAACUUCGACAAGAUCAUCAGGCUGCUUCUGGAGACUCGUUACGCCCGGGCAGUCAUCCUCUUCGCAUCAGAUGAGGACAUACGGGGUAUCCUGAACGCCAGUAAGAGGGCGGACCAGGUGGGUCAUUUCCUGUGGAUCGGUUCAGACAGCUGGGGAGCCAAGAUCAGCCCUGUCCAUCAGCUAGAGGAAGCAGCAGUGGGAGCUGUCACUGUCCUGCCAAAAAGAGCAACCAUCGCCGGAUUUGAUGCCUACUUCACAUCGCGGACGCUGGAGAACAACAGGAGAAACGUCUGGUUCGCAGAAUACUGGGAGGAGAACUUCAACUGUAAACUAAUGAGCUCUUCCAAGAAGGAAGACACCAGCAGGAAAUGCACAGGCCAAGAGCGGAUUGGGACGGACUCUAAGUACGAGCAAGAGGGGAAGGUUCAGUUUGUGAUCGAUGCUGUGUACGCCAUGGCCCACGCCCUUCACAACAUGCAGAGAGACCUGUGUCCCGACGUCUCUGGGAUCUGUCCCGAUAUGGACUUGGCCGGGGGCAAAAAACUGCUCAAGUACAUUCGCAGUGUCACGUUCAAUGGAAGUGCUGGGACGUCAGUGAAUUUCAACAGGAACGGUGAUGCUCCGGGACGUUACGACCUGUUCCAGUAUCAGAUCAACAACAACAGCUCCCCGGGGUACAAGAACAUUGGACAGUGGACAGAGACAUUACAGCUCAACAUGGAGGAUAUGCAGUGGCCGGACGGACAGACAGAGAUCCCCAGCUCUGUGUGCAGUCAGCCCUGCAAGACAGGACAGAGGAAGAAGGCAGUGAAAGGCAUGCCGUGUUGCUGGCACUGUGAACCCUGUGAUGGCUACCAGUACCAGUAUGAUGAAACAUCCUGCAAGCUGUGCUCCUACAGCAUGAUGCCCAACCCCAACAGGACGGCAUGUCAGCCCAUCCCCAUCGUGAAGCUGGAGUGGCACUCCCCUUGGGCAGUGAUCCCCGUCUUCCUCGCCAUGCUGGGCAUCAUCGCCACCAUCUUCGUCAUGGCAACCUUCAUCCGCUACAAUGACACGCCCAUUGUCCGUGCGUCGGGCCGUGAACUGAGCUAUGUCCUCCUCACCGGGAUCUUCCUCUGUUACAUUAUCACCUUCGUCAUGAUCGCCAAGCCCGACGUCGCCAUAUGCUCGUUCCGCCGGAUCUUCCUGGGUCUGGGCAUGUGCAUCAGCUACGCCGCGUUACUCACCAAGACCAACCGGAUCUACCGAAUCUUUGAAGAAGGUAAGACGUCUGUGACGGCACCCAGGCUGAUCAGCCCGACCUCUCAGCUGGCCAUCACCUCUUCCCUAAUUUCCGCUCAGCUACUGGGUGUGUUCGUCUGGUUCGGUGUGGAUCCCCCUAACACCAUCAUCGACUACGACGAACAGAAGACAUUCAACUCAGACCAGGCUAGAGGAGUGUUGAAAUGUGACAUCACGGAUCUGCAGAUUAUCUGCUCGCUGGGUUAUAGCAUCCUACUCAUGGUCACGUGCACGGUGUACGCCAUCAAGACGCGGGGCGUCCCGGAGAACUUUAACGAGGCCAAGCCCAUUGGAUUCACGAUGUAUACCACCUGUAUCGUCUGGCUAGCCUUCAUUCCCAUCUUCUUCGGGACAGCUCAGUCUGCAGAAAAGCUAUAUAUCCAGACCACCACCCUCUGUAUCUCUAUGAAUCUUAGUGCCUCGGUGGCCUUGGGGAUGCUUUACAUUCCUAAAGUUUAUGUCAUCAUCUUCCACCCGGAGCUUAAUGUCCAGAAGAGGAAGAGGAGCUUCAAGGCGGUGGUGACGGCCGCGUCCCUCACCACACGCCUCUCACACAAGACCAGUGACAGGCCCAAUGGAGAGGCCAAGACGGAAUUGUGUGAAAACAUUGAUCCAAACAGUAAGUAUCACCAAACCAGGGCCCGUAUUCACAAAGAGUCUCAGAGUAGCAGUGCUGAUCUAGGAGUAGGAGUGUUGAUCCAGGAGAUUCAUUGUUGA